UUAUUAUUUUUUAGUACUUUCAACUAACGACAAAAUAACAAGUUCUCUUUCGGUCUUUAAGUCAUAUCUUUAAGAAAUUGUGCAUUCGAAUAUUCUUUAUUAUUAUAAAAUUUUUUAAAAUUUACAAAAAAUAUAUUUUUCUAUGUUCAACAAUAAUAAAUCUAAUAUUAUAUAAAAAAUGAUUAAUUAAUUGUGUAUUAUUAGAGAGAAAAUUUUUUUUCUAGUAUUAAAAAUAGUAGAGAAAUAACGUAUGUCAGAGACAGAAACACAACGGUUUUAAAAUUUGACAUUUGUGUGAACUUCACAAUUCAUAUCAAGUACACAUCAAGCUGAGUAACCUUACUAUGAGUAAAAUUGUUCAAAAGGAUCUUUAUUCCGAGGACAGCAUGAAACUAUUUUCCUCGAAAAAAAAUAUGAGCGAUCUUCUUAGCGAUAAGGAUAAUCCCGUGGUUUUUUUAGACGUUGCGAUAAACGAUGAGAAAGUGGGAAGAAUCAUCAUAGAAUUGUUUAAAAAUGUAGUGCCGCAAACUGCGGAAAAUUUUCGUGCCUUGUGCACCGGCGAGAAAGGUGCUGGGACAAAAGCUAAAAAGUUACAUUACAAGGGAAGUAUUUUCCACAAAGUCAUUUCGCAGUUUAUGAUCCAGGGUGGAGACAUUGUCAAUUUUGAUGGAACUAGUGGAGAAAGUAUUUAUGGUUCUUAUUUUAAUGAUGAGAAUUUCACCUUGAAACAUACAUCUGUUGGAUUACUUAGUAUGGUAAAUGAAGGGAAACCACAUACCAACAGUUCCCAAUUUAUUAUUACUGUUCAAUCUUGUACACAUUUGGAUGACACUAAUAUAGUGUUUGGAAAAGUUAUAAAAGGCAUGGGUGCAGUGUUAGAAAUCAGUAAAGUGCAAACUGAAAAGGAUAUUCCAAUUGAUAAAAUAAGUAUAGUUGAUUGUGGAGAACUGAAAAAAGGUGAUGAUUGGGGAUUGGAAGAAAAUGACGGAUCAGAGGAUGUUUAUACUCCAUGGCCAGAAGAUUGGGAUUAUUCUUCACAUAUUGAGAAGCUCAGUCACAAAUAUAUGGAAAAAGUCAUAAAAAGGAUAAAGGAUUCUGGAAAUCUUUAUUUUUCCCAAAAAAACUUUGUAGAUGCUCGUAGAAAGUAUAAAAAAGCAUUACGGUAUUAUCUUUGGAUGUGUCAGCAGAAAGACAUGCCAGAUACAAUUUAUGUCUCAUUGGUAGAACUUAAAUCAGUUCUAUUGCUUAAUUUAGCUGCUGUACAACUAAAGCAAAAAAAGUAUCGUGAAGUUAUAAAUCUUUGUGAUGAGGUUCUGAAAACAGACAAUACUAAUGGUAAAGCUUUAUUUAGAAGAGGGCAAGCUUACACUGGCUUGAAUGAAUAUAAAUUAGGAAUAGAAGAUUUAGAGAGAGCAUUUGAGAUAUACCCUAAUGAUAAGGAUAUUAUACGAGAGAUAAAAAAAGUAAAAAAGAUGAAUAAAACUUAUUUAGAAUUUGAAAAAAUAACAUGUCAGAAAAUGUUUCAUUGAGUACAUUUUAUAUUCAUAAAGAUUUUAAUAAAAAUUUUUAUAUUUUUAUUUUUUAGAUAAAAGAAUGCAUCACUCCUCAUAUAGAUUAAGGAAUUGAAAUAUUCAAAAAUCAAUAAUUUUUAAUUGAUUAUUAUACAAUAAAAAUCAAUUCAUAGGAUUAAUAUAUCGAUUUUUCAAUUAAAUUACUUAUAUAUUUGUGUACAUAUAUCAUAGUAUUCAUGAAGAGAAUAUAAGGAUAUCAAUAAUUCUUUGUGUUUAUUACAUCUCUUUUAAUAAAUUUUUAUUAAAAACGCAAUAUAUCAAUGAUAUAUUUACUAAGAAAAUAUUUGGAAAAUAUUUGGAUAAGAAGAUACUCAAGAAUUAUUGAAUAUUUUCAGAGACAAUAAUAUUUGCAUAACAUAUUCUAAUUUUGUAUAUAUUUCUUAAAACAAUGUUAAAUACAAGUAUAAAAUGAAAUUUAAAUAAUAUAUAAUAAUAGGAAUGUAUUGCCUUAUGUAUAUAAAAUUUAUAAGUUGUCAGGGAAUGUGUGAGAAAUAAAUACAAUACUACACAAUUUAAGUUUCUACAUUUUCGUUUCACGAGGUAAAUGUCUAUUUAACCCAUACUAUUACAAGAAAAUUAUUUUGGUUCAUAUAUCACAUAUCAUAUGUUUCUCUGGACAAAUCACAAGAAUAAAAAUCUUAGCUAAGCUUUUUCUAUUGAAGCAAACAUUGCUGCAAAUAUCUUGCAAGUUACAUUAGAUGCACAUUGAACAUUCAUCUCCAAGUUCAUAAAAAUGUUGAAUUAUUCAAGAAAUUCCAAGCAUUAAAAUAUUAGCAAGUACAAUCUCUUCAUUUUUAAUUCCACUCACUUUCCUUGUUACAUUAUUUUUCACUGCUCUUCUAUUACUUGAUAUUUUUUAUGCAUUAUACGCAUAGAAUAAAUGUUACGUUCAUAAUUAUGUAAAUCUGUUGAUGUUGACAUUGUUUUAAUUCGCACACUUCUUGUCAAAAUAUAUUUUCCUGAAAUCUAACGAUUUUAAGAGAAAGUAUAUCAAAAACAGGAUAAACUUCUCUCAUUAUAAUCAAAUUUUUAAAUUUCUUAAUCUAUUUUAACUAUAAACUGAUUUAAAAUUAUAUUACAUAUAACAUUUUCAUUCUAUGUAUCGUAAUCAAAUGCCAAGUAAUAAAUUAAGAUCAGUGAAAAAGGGAAUAAUAAAGAAUAAACAAUAAAAAAUAUAGACUACAUAUAUAUGUAAUGUGCUGCAAUCAAUAUAGGUAUAGUAUUAAUUUACUUGUUAGCUCACGUGUAUUUGCGGAAUAUUGAAUUGUUCAAUGAAUAAAUUAUCUGUCAUAUAUAAAUUAAACAGAAUCAAAAUACAGUAUUAUAUUUUUUUUUCUAUAUGACUUAAAUCAUGCUUUUUAACGAUAUAGCAGAUCUUAAAUGAAGAUUUUGUAAUGUUUAUUUUAUAGCCUUAAGUAAUAUCUAUACAUAACAAUUGAAACGAAUAUCAGUGUACCUAAAUGUAAAAGCUACUGUAUUGACUAGAGUCUAGAGAUUCAAUCAUCUUUUGCUCUAUUCUAUUUUAAUGUUUUAAUAUUUUUAGUGUACAAUGAAGAUAAUAUUCCUUUGUAUUGCAAAUAAAUAAAUUAUUAAAUACGAAAUUGUUGCACGAAAUAGGAACUGAUUAGAUAUAUUAAAUGAAUAAUAAAUAUAUAUCUUUUACAUACGUUUUUAAAUUUAAAAAAACCGGCAUCUUUUAAAAUGCAAAUUGUGUUUUCUUAGAGUAUAUUAUGAAACUACUUCGACGAGAAAGAGAGCAUUAUAAACAGAAUUAAUGUAACAUUUUCAGAAACAAUUUCCAAUACCCAGUGCAGUGAAUUACUUGAAUGUAUAUACUAUUACGUUAACAGUUGGAUGUUUGGACGGAAAAUUCCUGAAAUUUUUUGAUGACAUAUAGAAGUAAUGUAUAACAAAAGUUGUAUUUAAAUUUUGACUGAAACGUUUCAUAAUUAUCGAAAUAAAUUUCAUUGAUAUCACUUA